AUGGCUCCGAACUCUUUACCGUUGACUUUGACCACCGGCCCAGCCUCCAAAGCGGAUAUAAAUCUCGACCCGCGUUCGGGUCGACCAUGUCUUUGUGUCAGUGUGGACUUGCAGAUGAAGCUUGAUAUAUCCGACUUGAUUCAGCUUCUUCUCCAUUUCGCGGCCGACUCGAGAGCACCUGCACCCGAUAAGUCUUCGGAUCUGUGUUCCAACAAAACAGGUUCGGUUGCGGAUCGCUCCGAGGAACAGUCUGCUCCUAGGCGCAAGAAUUGGACGUGGGAAGAACCUAUGUAUAGCCUGGAGCCAUGGAUCGAAAAAUAUUCCCAGAGGUCUGAUGUCUGCUGGCGCAAGGAAGAAUCGGUUUCUGCGGGCGAACCUUUCUGCGUGGUCGACAACGAGGAGUAUAGGCAAGCUUUCAGGGAGAUGACAUUCGAGCCGUUGCCGGUUCCUGAGAGAUCUCCUAUGACGCAUGCCAACUUCAAGGAAGCGGAAGUCAUUCGGUUCAAAGAAGCGCAAUCCGUUCGGCGGUCGCCAGGACGUAUCCCCGUUGCUUCGUCUGCGAGCACAUCGCCUUCGGAGGAGUCCAAUCUCUCGUUUCUGUCUGCGGGGAUGCAUGCCAAGGCGAAAGCUCCAGCUGGAAGGCUGCGGCACCAGGCUCAUCGAAGCGUACCUUCGUCCGAUGAGGAUCCCGGCAGGAUGUAUCCGAACCAGGAUUGCAAGUCGCAAUGA